CUCCUGCUUUCAGUUCAGACACACUGAGACAAACAGAGACACAGAAACAUGGCAGAAGAAGCUCCAGCAGCUGCACCGGCCAAAGCUCUGGCCAAAUCCCAGAAGAAGAAGGCUUCCAGACCCAGGAAGGAUGGACUCAGCCUCCCGAAGCUCAUCGUCGCCGCUGUGGCCGAGUCUAAUGAGCGGAAGGGGAUGUCACUGGCUGCGAUCAAGAAGGUUCUGGCGGCCCAAGGUUUCGAUGUGACAAAGUCCAACAAACGCAUCAACACCAUCGUCACCAAGCUGGUCACCAAUGGGGUUCUAAUCCAGACUAAGGGCACCGGAGCGUCCGGUUCCUUCAAGCUCGCCAAGAAGGAGCCCAAAGUCUCCAAACCGGCCAAGAAAGUGGCCGCGCCCAAAAAGCCAGCGGCUAAGAAGCCAGCAGCUAAGAAGCUAGCGGCUAAGAAGCCAGCAGCUAAGAAGUCAGCGGCUAAGAAGCCAGCAGCUAAGAAACCAGCGGCUAAAAAGUCCCCAGCCAAGAAAAAGCCGAAGAGCCCCAAGGUCACCCCUAAGAAGCCCAAAUCUGCACUUAAGAAGCCCGCAGCAAAGAAAAAUGCCGCCAAGAAGCCCGCAGCUAAGAAAGCUGCUAAGAAGUGAAGCGCCUUCAUCUUCCCUCACUCAUCAGCAAAGGCUCUUUUCAGAGCCACCACAGCCUCUGCUAAAGAGCUGCUGCCUCAUUCAUCACUACAUCAAUAUCACUGCUCUCGCUUUACGUUCAGCUCAAAACUUCAAUACUUAAAUAGUAAACCCACAUCAUCAGUCUGUUAAAAAACAACUGACUGUUGAUAUUAAUGUACUGGAUAGAUUUAACUUGUUUAUUAAAAUUAACUGAAAUGUAAUCUGUUUGGAGCUGAGGAUGGGAUGUAUAAAUAUUUUGAGAUCAGUUUACUAAACUUUUCAAUAUGACUAUAAUUUAAGCAUAAUUUGUUAUUGCAUUAUGUUGUGUUAAUUGUUUUAUCCCUUGAGGAGGCACUAUUAACUAAAGACUAAAAUAUAAAUGUUGAAUUUCAAUGUUAAAUUCGACAUGUUUUCAAUAGCCAUAAUACUGUAAACAUGUAGUUGAACUCAAAGGAAAACCGUCUACUUGCACUACUACUAUUAAACAAUUAGUCCAAACCGACAGUCCAAAUUUAAUAGUUCAGAUUAGUGUUUAAGGCUGCCUGAGUUUAUUUUCAUCACGUCACACCUCAUUGUAUUUGAGACACAUGAAGAGGUUUGCCGUUUACCAGAGAAUUUAACUUUUUAAGGUAAAACAUUUGUUGAAGGGCAUGUUUGUAAUCUUUAUUCACUGAAAUACUUUAUGACUUAGAAAAAACAUAAGGA